AUGGAACCUCCCGGAAGAGCCGCGGACGAGGAGGAGGGCAGCGAAUCAGCCGCGCAAGAGGGCCUGCGGGGGGCGGGCGGGGGGGAUAUGCGCACGCAGGCGGAAAAAGAGAGAGACGCGCAGGACGCUGCCGCGCAGGAGGGGGAUUCGGAGGGCGCGGAUGGUCAGGAGGAGGAAGGUUUGUUGCAUAGCCGCACUGGUGGCGAUGCGAAGGCAGCGGCGGCGGCGGCGGCUGACGCGGCAGCUGCUGCUGAUGCUGAUGGUGAUGGGGUUGGAGGUUCUGAAGGGGUGGGAGGGGCGAAGGAUGGGGAGGAGGAGGGUGGUGGCACUGCAGAGACAGUGGUUGGGAAAUACGAGGCGUGCGACCCUGAGCUGUCAGAGAUAGUGCCGUGCCUGAGCCCAGCAAUGAACAAGCGCAUGAAGCUGAAGCUGAACACCAAGGUGAUGGAACACUACGAGCGCCACUGCCCCUCGGAUGACAUCAUGCCGCACUGCCUCGUGCCCCAACCUCCUGGUUACAAGACCUCCAUCCCCUGGCCGCGCAGCAGGGACGAGGUGUGGCGGGCCAACGUGCCCCACACUCUGCUGGCAACGGAGAAAUCGGAUCAGCACUGGAUGGUGGUGGACGGCGAAAUCAUCCGAUUCCCGGGCGGCGGCACUCACUUCCCUGGGGGCGCAGACAAAUACAUUGAACGCAUUGGCAAGAUGAUGGGAGACGAGAACGGCAACUUCUCAGUGGGCGGCAAGAUCCGGACGGUUCUGGACAUCGGGUGCGGGGUGGCGUCGUUCGGCGCGUACCUGCUGGAGCACUCUGUGCUGACCAUGUCGGUGGCUCCCAACGACGUGCACGAGAAUCAGAUCCAGUUCGCGCUCGAGAGGGGUCUGCCUGCGUUCCUGGGGGUGAUGGGCACCCAGCGCCUUCCGUUCCCCUCCUUGGCGUUCGACCUGGCCCACUGCUCCCGCUGCCGCAUUGACUGGCUGCAGAGAGACGGCCUGCUGCUGCUGGAGCUGGACCGUGUCAUUCGGCCGGGCGGCUACUGGGUGUGGUCUGCGCCACCUGUGUAUCGGGAGGACGAGGAGAACCAGAAGCUGUGGACGGACAUGCUGGCGUUCAUGGGGCGCAUGUGUUGGAAGGUGAAGGCGCAGAGCGGGCAGACGGCCAUCUUCAAGAAGCCAAAGACGAAUCUGUGCAUCAAGAAGCGGGCGGCAGACGUAGAGCCGCCCCUGUGCGAUGCCGCCCGGGUGUCCCCCAACUCGGCCUGGUACACUCCCAUGGACGCGUGCGUCAACACGGUGCCGAAAGGCAAGAAGAACAAGCUCAUACAGCCGUGGCCGGAACGCCUGGUGUCCCCCUCGCCGCGCAUUGACCUGCUUGGGCUGGCCAAGUCCGACUUUGAGGCCGACACGGAAGCGUGGGAGAAGAUCGUAGCAGACUACGACACCCUGCUGGGCGGGCAGGCCCUCCUUCGCCCUGCAGACUCCUCCUCCCUCAAAGCACCCUCCAAGAGCAAGGGCUCCAAGGCGGCCUUCCCCAUGCGCAAUGUGAUUGACAUCAACGCGCACAUGGGCGGGUUUGCAGCGGCGCUGGCGGCGCAGGGGCAGGCGGUGUGGGUGAUGAACACGGUGCCCCCGCAGGGGGAGGCCAGCGGUGCAGGGCUGGCGAUGGUGUAUGACCGCGGGCUCAUCGGGGUCUUCCACGACUGGUGUGAGCCCUUUUCGACGUAUCCCCGGACCUACGACCUCGUCCAUGCAUGGAGAGCGGUGUCGCAAGUGCUCAAGCGCAAAUGCUCCCUGGAGGGCUUGCUACUCGAACUCGACCGGAUCCUCCGCCCCAAGGGUGUUCUGCUCUUCCGGGAUAGUGCUGAUGUUAUCGCGCGCCUGGAGAAGCGGUUGAAGGCGGUGAAGUGGAUUGUACUGAAGGGGCCUGUAUCGAGGACGUUUAUUGACGGGGAGGAGGAGCAGGUGCUCGUUGUGCAGAAGAGGUUUUGGCGGAUGAAGGAGAAGGCUGGUUUGAAGGAAAGUGCGGAGGCAACUGCAUCGACAGAGGGGGAUGCCGAGGAGCGUAGACGGUUGUGA